CAGUAAACUGGACAUUGGCCGAGUUCGUUUCCGUAUAUCUGUAAGUGCGCACAGUGUAUACGAUAUGCACAUGCACGCAUGAAUGCUACCGCAUGGAGCUGAUUUGGUAUUGGAUCAUACACUCCGUGAAUGCCAGACGCACACAUCUCAACCGUAGUCAACCUCCACAGCUGUGUGCGUUUAUUUUACGUCAGUUUCAUUUUUUAUGGUUUUUCUUUUAAUGGUGAUUGUGAGUUAAGAAAGGUGUGCAACCGCCAGAGGAACAGAGUGGAUUUGCUCCUGAAAACAGAAUCAUGGAUCAGCCGGAAUCUAAAGCUGCGUUAUCUACGAAACCAGGGAAGUCCGAUCAUGUAAUGCCAAACCAAAGUAAACCUUCGGUAUCUGGCGAAAGCACGACAGGACCAGGGCUAGUGCAGGUGAAAGGACAAAUCUUUAACGUGGGACCGCGUUAUACGAAUUUACGUUACAUCGGCGAAGGAGCAUAUGGUAUGGUUGUUUCCGCUGUCGACAGCCUAAGCCGCGAUCGGGACAAGGCUAAAGUGGCAAUCAAAAAGAUUUCUCCAUUCGAACACCAAACCUACUGCCAGCGUACAUUACGGGAAAUUAAAAUUCUCAACCGUCUCAAACAUGAGAACAUCAUCGACAUCAAGGACAUUUUACGCGCUCCCACGAUUGACCAGAUGCGGGAUGUGUACAUUGUUCAGACACUAAUGGAAACCGACCUGCACAAACUAUUGAAAACACAACGUCUUGGGCAGGAUCAUAUUUGCUAUUUUCUGUAUCAAAUCCUCCGCGGACUGAAAUAUAUUCAUUCGGCGAAUGUACUGCACCGCGAUUUAAAGCCGAGCAAUCUGUUGUUAAAUACGACUUGCGAUCUGAAGAUAUGUGACUUUGGCUUGGCACGAGUCGCAGAUCCCGUACAGGAUCAUAAGGGCGUUCUGACAGAAUAUGUUGCAACCAGGUGGUACAGAGCUCCGGAAAUCAUGUUGAAUUCUCGAGGUUACACGAAAGCAAUUGACAUCUGGUCAGUGGGGUGCAUUUUAGCGGAAAUGCUGUCGAAUCGACCAAUUUUCCCAGGAAAACACUAUCUCGACCAACUCAAUCACAUUCUGAGUACGAUCGGUUCGCCAUCCUCAACAGAUCUCGAUGCUAUCCAUAACGAUAAAGCCAGAUCUUACCUUAUAUCUCUGCCAACUAAAAGUCGGCAGGCUUGGACUAAGCUUUAUCCUAACGCCGAUGCUCAAGCGCUUGAUCUCCUGGAUAAAAUGCUGGCAUUUAAUCCAGAAAACCGGAUUGCAGUGGAAGAAGCUCUGGCGCAUCCUUUUGUGGGUUCGUUUUACGAUCCAGCAGAUGAGCCAUUGGCUGAGGAGCCUUUUUCUUACGAAAUGGAGCUGGAUGAUUUACCCAAGGAGCGUUUGAAGGAGCUUAUUUGGGAAGAGACUCUAUUGACAAAGAAACGUACAUCCGUCUAAUUAUAGACACAGACAUUUCCGUAGGUCUCUGGUGUGUCGUGUAUUACGAUGUAGCUUCCAUUACUUUAAGGGCUAAAGGUGACCUUAGAAAUUUCAGUAAUUGCCCGCUUGUUGUUUUUAGGAAUUUAUAUGAGAAAUAUUUAGGACUGUUAAUACUUGCAUUGUACGUUUACGAACUGUUACCGGUAAAAAUUAAAUUUCUUUGUAAUUAAGGUACCGGUAUCCGUAUAGGCCACGUUCGGCAAGUGGAAAACAUUUUUAUCUGCACUUUCCUUGUUACCUAAUUAACCGGAACCGGCCAUUUCGUAUAUUGUUAUGCAUGUUUGCUGAACUUUGCUGAAAGUCAAAUUUUUUAAUUAUAAGCAGUGUGGGAAAACAAAUUCUAGGCAUUUGAUUCGUUGCUUCUGCAACUAGCGUACGACGGAAAGGAGAUACUACUAGUAACCCACUGAAAUAAUUAUAGCUACGUAUAUGUUCUUGGGAAACGUUUGUUACAGUGUGCUUUU